UGACACAUUAACUCAUCCCAGCCACACCAUGAGGAGCAGACCUGGCUGCUUUCUUCUGGCAGGUCUCAGCUUCCUUCUCCACUGCAGAGAAUCAGCCUUCAGCUCUGACAGUCUGACAGCAUACUAUGAUAAUGCGGACUAUGUUUACAGUGGGAGUGGCAGUGUCGCCGGCAUGGACUGUGGGCCCCAUGGAGUGCCCUGGAACCUCUCCCACUGCGUCUGUGAAGAGGGGUUCAGGGCCAUCUCCGGGAAAGCCCCAUUCCGUGGAACCAGUGAGACUGGCUGUGAGGAACAGCCCCCUCACUGCCGAUCAGGUUUCACAAAAGGAAAGGACUACAUGAAGAGGUGUUUGAAUGGAUCGCAGCAGGUUCCCUUGGACAACAGGCAAGCCAGCUUGUUCUGUUCGCUGGUCAAUUUCACCCUGAGCCUCUUGACACCUGCCUGUGAAAACGUCAGCCUGACGACUUCCCUAAAGGAGACGGCGGCAUCCUUCAGACACGUCCUUGUUGACAGCUCCCUCUGGAGCAUGGAAAGCCGGGAGGAAGUGGCUUCUGCUGCCACGCUGCUUCUGCAGAGCCUGGGGUCGGCUGCAGUAACAGCUGCCCUCGCUGCGCCGGAGAACCAAACCCAGACUGCGACCACCAAACUAAUGGCGAUUCCGACAAAGCUCACCGAUGAGAACUGCAGUCGGCAGAGCGACAUUCUCCAGCUCACUGCUCAUGGAGACAGCCUGGAGAUUGACUGCACUGCAGUCACUGCAGCUGACACAAAAGGUCCUGCUGCUGUUGCUUUUCUCUCCUACACUGGGCUGGAGUCCCUACUGGGAGGGAGAUUUCUACAGGAUGAAAAUCCAGGGAGCGAGGCAAGGCCAGAACAGUUUCGUGUGAAUUCCAGAGUGGUGAGCGCCUCCACCAGCAACUGGAGGAAGAACAUAUCCAGGCCCAUCAACCUCACCUUCCUGCAUCUCGAGGACAAGCCUCUGCUGGAUCGUGCCAUCUGCGUCCACUGGGACUCCACGGGCCAGGAUGCUGUGUGGUCCCCCCAAGGCUGCCAGAACCUUCACUCCAAUGUCACCCACACACGGUGCCGCUGUCACUCUCUGACCAGCUUUGCGGUACUGAUGGCGCCUGGUCUCAUCCAGGUGGAUUUUGCCCUCUUUGUUAUCAGUCAAACCGGGCUCAUCAUCUCUCUGAUCUGUCUCGUCCUGGCUAUUGUCACCUUCCUCUUCUGCCGGCCCAUCCGCAACUCCCACAGCACCUUCCUGCACCUACAGCUCAGCCUAUGCCUCUUCCUGGCCGAUCUCCUCUUCAUAGCGGGGAUAGACAAAACUUACAACCAGCUUGCGUGUUCCAUCACGGCUGGCUUGCUGCAUUACCUCUUCCUGGCUUCCUUUCCCUGGAUGCUGCUGGAGGCGGUGAGCCUGUACCUCAUCGUCAGGAACCUGAAGGUGGAACGUUACGCCAGCCUGGGCACAGGCAUGAGGAAAUACAUGUACGCCUUCGGCUACGGCCUCCCGGCCGCGAUUGUGACUGUGUCUGCAGCCAGCGCGCCCAACAGCUACGGAACGCCUUACCAUUGCUGGCUCAACCCUGAGAAUGGUUUUAGGUGGCAUUUCCUUGGACCUGUCUGCGCCGUGGUUGUGAUCAAUUUAGGGUUCUUCUGCCUCACUAUGAAGCUUUUGCAAGAGCAUCUUUCCUCCCUCAACGCCGAGCUGUCGACUCUGAGGAGCACCAGGUCCCUAACUUUUAAAGCCCUGGCUCAUCUCUUAGUCCUGGGCCUCACGUGGGGGCUGGGCACCUUCCAGUUCGGCCCACUGGCCACGGUGAUGGGGUACCUGUUCACCAUCACCAACAGCCUGCAGGGAGCCUUCAUCUUCAUGGUGCACUGCCUGCUCAAUCAAAAGGUGAGAGCGGAGUAUUGGAAAUGGUUCAAGAGGCUUCGGCGCUCAAAGGAAGAAUCUUCCUCUUCCAAGAUUACUAUGUCUGCUCUCCCCCCCAGCACGGCCACGUCUCAGGAUCCUCAGCAAAAGGCUGUGUCUCAGCCCACCCGCAGACGGUGACAUGGGAUUGAUGUUUGUCGCCCGGCCUCUGUGUCUAUUGGUUUUCAACGUUGUUUUCCUCCCCUGGUCCUUGAUGCAGCGGAAAGGACUUGGCAGAGUCCAUGACAGUCUCAAUAAAUGCUUCUGCUGUGUGCUCAAAGAAAGUCUCCAUUCCCAAGGCCUUAACCUGUGAGCCACCAGGCAACACUCUGAUACCUCAAGAGAGCACAGCUUCGAAAUCCUGAUCUUCAAGCCCUUCCCCUGGGUCAAAGCAGUUCCGUUCAGGUUCCUCUUAAGGAAGUCUCAGACUGGAUCUUAAAAAUGUUCCCCCUGGGGCUCGGUGUAUGCUUUAUUUGAUCCUUAUCCUGAAACUCAUUCUAGACAAUGAUCCAGCACACUAGUUCUCAUCUAGGGGUAUCUGUAACCCUGAGGAUAUGCAGAUGUCUUCCAGGAAGCACAUCAACUCAUCUAGUUUUAUAACUGGCUCCAUAAAAAGCACUAGAGAGGUCAGUACAAACGAACACAUCAUACAAUGACUUGCUCUGUAUAAUAAGUACAAUAUUUGUAUUCCAAUUGAUUUGUAAUUAUAUGGCAACAGUGAGAAAGCCAGCAAGUUUUCAGUAAUAAUCUACUUUAGUACUUUUGUAUUCUUAUGUAAGCAAGUUGUUUUUAAGUGAGGUGUAACCUGGGAGUACGCAAGACAAAUCAACGUCCUGAAAGGCGUUCUGAAGUCUGGAAAGGUUGAGAGCCACUGAGCUAGAAACUGGCCUUCACACCCAACAUUUGGAUCCAGAUCUGGAUUUUUCAACAUUUUUGAAAUUUGGAGGGGUGUGAGAGACCCAGGGCUUUAUCAUGGCCUGUCUUUGUUCUUUGCUUAUGUAAUUGUGUGUCAUUUUCAUUGCAAUACAGAUUCCUGUACUAUGGUAGUUGGUGAUGGCUACACAGUGUGGAAUUCUGGAGCAAAACUCCCAUUGGCUUCAGUGCGUGGAAUUUUACCCACAGAUGAGGGAAUGGGUCGGUGUGUUUCUGUUUGCAUUAUAGCUGGAGAAGGAGCCACAGAUAGCUUUACAUUGCCCGAGUGUUCCCCUUCCAACCUGCUAUUUGACACAUGAAAGCUUUACAGUCAUACUUCUGACUGUAGUGUAGCUACAAUGUAAGACCAAGGGCCUGAUCCUUGGACAUCAAGAUCAGGACAGGGUUGUGGGUUUGAGUCCCACCUCCCCUGGGGUUUGGUCUGGUCGGAUUGGGAUGGGAUGGGUGGCCCUGGGGCAGGCUGGAUAAAGGUCAUCCAGGUCUGCACUCAGAUUGAACUAAAGCAAGACCAGGUGGGUUUCCUCUUUUGCUGAGUGUUAUUGUUACAGCGAUUCCCAGUUCUUGUGGGGCUUGCUGUGGAGCAAAGGCACUCGUGAUAAAACACUGAGGCUAAUUUAUGUGGUGGUUUGGGGCUGGAGUUUAUAGAUCUAUAGAUAUAUAUGGAUAUUACAUGCACAAUUUUUGCAUCAAAUAUUAAUAUCUAGAGCAUCAAUUUAUAAUGAGAUUCAGCAUUUUCAGCUUCAAUCCCAGGUGUGCAUGUGAUGACUCUCAAAGAGGAAAACUUUUCUGGUGCAUCAGAAGCAAGUCAGGUCGGCAACACUAGGGCUUCAUCUUAGAGAGAGAACACUGAAUAGCAAGGAGCUGCAACACACGCGCAGAGGAGAACUGAGCUUGGCAUGUUAGAAAACAAUGCAUGUAAUCUGUAGUUAGCAGCCUCUGCUGCCCUGAUGAGGAGGUUCUAUGAACUUCCCUGGCUGGAGGACAUGGGCUCUUGCUUCAUUGGUCCUUUUCCCCAACAAAACAUGGCUGUGUGUACUAGGGAUGUAAUAGUGGAGUCGAUUAAGUGAUUAAGCGAUAAGUAAAAACUUAUAGGUUAAUCAAAGAAUCAAAGAGCUGGAAGAGACCUCAGGAGUCAUCAAGUCCAGCCCCCUGCCCAAGGCAGGA